UUUCUUUGUCUGUUUGGAGCUGUUUCAGCUUUCGUUCUUGCUGCUGUGCAGCGCAGUAGCGGCUCCCGUGGGCCUCUUGGCAAGCGAUCCAGCACAUCCCGCCACGGUGCUUCAGCAGUCUCUGGAAAUUGCGGCACAGGGGCGUGGAUGCGUGCGCAGCGAUGGCCUGCUGCCAGCCAUGAUACAGGCUCUUGGCCCUACAGCGUGGCCCUGGCCAGUGUGGUGAAAUCAAUGGAUCAUCUUUCUGCGUUGAGUGUAUAUUUUUUCCAAAACUUUUUUCCUUUCUAAACCUCCCAUUGCACUCUUGGACGCCCAAAUUCUGUAUUAUAUUCCGACCUCAAUUCCCCCACGCUCGCACGUAUACAUAUUCGAGAAUGUCAGACGCUAAAGUACAAAAGUCGGUCGACAAGCUGUCGGCUGAGCUGGCCAGGGUCGAGGCUUCGCUGCAGCCGAUUCUGGGCCACGGAAUGGCCGAGCUGCUGCCAAAGCUGACGGCGCUACAGCGGUGCGAGCUAUCGGCCCUGGUCGCAUACUCGAUUGAGACCCUGUUCUGGAUAUACAUGAAGGCCAACGGCGUGCCGCCGAAGGAACACCCGGUGAUGAAGGAGCUGCAGCGAAUCCAGCGGCACAUGGCCAAGAUUGAUGCCGCCAAGGGCACUGCGCAGGCAGAGAAGCGGCCAAUGCAGCUCGACAAAACAGCAGCAGAGCGGUUCAUCCGGAGCGGUACGGGUAUACAGAAGUAGUUGGCAGCUCUUUUUAAACCAAGUCGAAUAAAAACCUAUGAAGGUGC